AUGGGUCUCUGCGCAUCCUCGGAAAAGAAUGGUAGCCCUCCUGCCUCGCAGACCACCAGCACUGCCACCGGCAGUGCUGGCAGGGCCAAGGCAUCGUCACAGCAGCAGCCGCAAGGGCAUCGACAGAAAAUUACAAAGACUGCAGGCAGGCCCGGUCAGCAGCAGCAGCAACAACAACAACAACAGCCGGAGCCGGCAGCGCCUGCACACAGUGUAAAGGACAACAACAUCACCGCCAUCAACGCGAUAUCUCCCACGGUCACCGCCAACACCAACGGAUCGCAACAGAUCAACAUCGACUCCGCUUUGAGGGACCGGGCGACCAACGGCCCGGCSCAGCCAACGGUUUCCGAUGCCUCCAGUGGCAGCAACAACAAGGAGCUCAAGGUGCUAUUGUUGGGGGCCGGUGAAAGUGGGAAAUCCACCGUCCUGCAGCAGUUGAAGAUUCUACACCAGAACGGGUUCACCGAGCAGGAAAUUACAGAGUUCAUCCCGCUGAUCUACCAGAAUCUGUUGGAGAUCGGCAAGAACAUCAUCCAGGCGAGAACCAGGUUCAACGUUAACCUGGAGCCGGACUGCGUCCUGACACAGCAAGACCUGUCCGAGAUCAUGUCCUUUGAAAUGCCCAAUAACUACACAGACCAGUUCCCACCAGACCUGGCGACCAUGAUUGCCGAACUAUGGGCGCUGCCCUCUACACAGCGCUUAAUCAGCGGCCCCAAUGCAUCGAAGUUCUACUUGAUGGAUUCUACCCCUUACUUCAUGGAGAAUUUCACCAGAAUCACCUCGCCCAAUUACAGACCCACCCAGCAAGACAUACUGAGAUCAAGACAGAUGACCUCGGGGAUCUUCGACACCGUCAUCGAUGUGGGCUCGGACAUCAAGAUGCACAUCUACGACGUGGGUGGCCAGCGCUCGGAAAGAAAAAAAUGGAUCCACUGCUUCGACAACGUCACUUUGGUCAUCUUCUGCGUCUCUCUGUCGGAGUACGACCAGUCGCUGAUGGAGGACAAGAACCAGAACAGGUUCCAGGAGUCCCUGGUGCUCUUCGACAACAUCGUCAACAGCAGAUGGUUCGCCCGCACAUCUGUGGUGCUCUUCCUAAACAAAAUUGAUUUGUUCGCCGAAAAACUAAACAGAGUACCCAUGGAAAACUACUUCCCGGACUACACAGGUGGUGCGGACAUCAAUAAGGCUGCCAAGUAUAUCCUUUGGAGAUUCGUCCAGUUGAACAGGUCGAACCUAAGCAUAUACCCUCACGUCACCCAAGCUACAGACACCUCCAACAUUAAAUUGGUGUUUGCGGCCAUCAAGGAAACCAUCUUGGAAAACACAUUGAAAGACUCUGGGGUGCUGCAGUAA